CCAGAAGUGAACAAAGCGACCCGGAAGCGGUGGUCCGUCUGGAAGCAGCAGGGAGAGAGAAGAACAUCUAGCUUUAAAAAAAAUAGCUGCAAAAGACAUUAUCUGCAAGCGGGUAAAAAGGAUGGCGGAGCCUCGGUUCAAUAAUCCGUACUUCUGGCCUCCUCCUCCCUCCAUGCCCGGCCAGCUGGACAACCUCGUGCUCAUAAACAAGAUCAAGGAGCAGCUCAUGGGUGAGAAGAUCCGCCCCCUGCACCUGCCCCCUACCUCCACACCGUCCCAACAGCCUCUCCUGGUGCCGCCCUCCCCCUCUCCUGAAGGGGGCGCUGCUCACGGCAUCACAGGACCCAAGCCUCAGACACCACAGCAGCAGCCGUCAGUACCGGGGCACCACACGCAGGGCUCAGGGCAACCGGACAUCGCUCUCCACGCCCGCCCCGCCACCAGCUCCGGACCAGAUGUAAAUAUGGAUGAUAAAGCUGCUGUGAAGGCCAAAGGAUUAUGGGAAGACUGGCACAUGAGACAACUGAGCGAGCAGUCUGCGAGGCUCAACCACAGAACAGGUUUAGUUCCUUCUUCGAGAGCGGACACCCACAGCUCCUCUGAUGCCCUGACCCCGACCACGCCCACCUCCAGCUCCCAGAACAGGCUCAGCAGCGCCCCCUCUGUCAACAUCCUCUCGGGGCUGACCACCGCGCCGGGGAUGGACCACAUGAAGACCGGGGGCCUGGCGGGGCUCCUGGGACCGCCCCCUAAAGCCCCACGCGGGAGGAAGAAGAUCAAGGCAGAGAACCCGUCCGGACCGCUGCUGGUGGUGCCCUACCCCAUCCUCGCCGACCAGGGCUGUGUCACCGUGGCGCCCAAAGAGGGGAGGACGUACAGAUGUAAAGUGUGCCCUUUGACCUUCCUGUCCAAGUCGGAGAUGCAGCUUCACUCCAAGUCGCACACAGAAGCCAAGCCCCACAAGUGUCCACACUGCUCCAAAACCUUCGCCAACGCCUCGUAUCUGUCCCAGCACCUGCGCAUCCACCUGGGCAUCAAACCGUAUCACUGCUCCUACUGCGAGAACUCCUUCAGACAGCUGUCCCAUCUGCAGCAGCACACCAGAAUCCACACUGGUGACCGGCCAUACAAAUGUGCUCAUCCCGGCUGUGAAAAGGCCUUCACUCAGCUUUCCAACCUCCAGUCUCACCAGAGGCAGCACAACAAAGACAAACCGUAUAAGUGUCCAAACUGUUACCGUGCCUACUCGGACUCGGCCUCGCUCCAGAUCCACCUGUCGGCGCACGCCAUAAAGAACGCCAAGGCGUACUGCUGCAGCAUGUGCGGGCGCGCGUACACCUCAGAGACCUACCUUAUGAAGCACAUGUCCAAACACACUGUUGUGGAACACCUGGUCAACCACCAGUCUCCACAGAGGACCGACUCCCCCAACAGCAUCCCCAUCCGCAUCUCCCUCAUCUGAUCCAGAGUGGGGCCCACGGCGCAGCUCGCUCACCAGGCCCUGCCGCUACCGCCACCUACAGGCACAAACAGUACUACAGCUGGUAUUAACAGGCCAUUUGAACCUAGUGAAAGUGGUUUGAAAAACAAAGCAGCAGUAUUUUACGAAUGUAAUGUCAAAGCUUGUUGAUUCGUGGAGAGUGGAGAGGUCGGAUAUUGUUACGCGUCAGAUUUCUAAAGCACUUUUUGGUACAGUUGAGUAAACCGUUGGGUUGAUUGGACUUUUAGACAUGUUUGAGUUGGUCCAAGGCCUUCUUCAGACCAGACACAAGAUCCUUUUAGUGGAGUGAGACUGAAUGUCUGUCAUCCGUUUGUCCUGCCCCUUUUCACAAAAUAGUAAAAGUUAUGAUACAAGUAACUGGUUAUAUAACUUAACUUCUUUGAAUAUUACAAAUAGUCUGGCUGGCCAGGCUACUAAGAAUCUUAUUUAAGGAAAGACUUGAAUUGCAAGUUCCCUAAAUGAUGAACCGAAAUUUGCUGAUUCACUGAUCUUAAACUUUCACACAUUUCAAUUACAGUUCUGUCUGUGUUUGUCCGUGUUUAUCUAUUUAAGAAUCUGGGAAGUGAAUACCGUAUUUUCUGCACUAUUAGGCGCUCUGGAUUAUAAGGCGCACUGUCAUUGGUUAGGCUACGUUCAGACUGCAGCCUGAAGUGACCCAAAUCUGAUUUUUUGGCCCCUAUGUGACCUGUAUCCGAUCUUUUAAUGACAGUCUGAACGACACAGAUCAGAUUUUUUCAAAUGCGACCCAGGCCACUUCGAUAUAUGGUCCUAAAACCGAUACAUAUCCGAUCUUUUGACAUGUGACUUCAGUCUGAACGGCCAAAGCGCAUUCAUCAGACCUACACGUUAUCAACAAGCCACAAACGUCACUAUUCUGCGCUGAUGUAGCGAAAAUUGUUAAUGAACUACGUGUCACUGAAGCGAAGCACAUCACCACUCACCACUCUUGACUACGUCUCCACAUCCACACGUUCCUUUCAAAGGACGUCAAUGCCGCUGCCCCACAAAACGCCACAGCCAAAACCUCGUCCUUCUCCUUCUCAAUCUCCUCCUUAAAACAAGAAAGUUGUUCAUGUUCUGGCUCCGGUACGAGAGAAACUUCAAAAUCGCCAGGUGCUCAAUGCUCGCGUCCAUGUUUGGACAGCUUCCAUAAACACAGAGCACGCUCGCUGUGGUUGACGUCAUCGUGUCUCCAGUGCACAUGCGGGACACUUUCAGGUCGUUUACUGUUCAAACUGGAGUCACAUACAAGUAGCAUUUAAUUGGAAAUGUGAACGACCUCGCAAAAACAUCGGAUUUCACAAAAAAAUCGCAAUUGAGCAUUAAGUCUGAAGGUAGCCUUAGAUGGGUCAGUGGGACUUUGUUUGUGGCGUUCAUGGUGACUCUGGGCUUUGUUCAGUUGUGGCGUGUAGGGAGGGUGCUGUCUGGGACCGCUGGAUUGUCGGCGUGUUCGCAGUGACUCAGUUGUUCAGUUGUGGCUAGAAGUGGCACAUUGCACUUGCUUUUUCGGUUCGUUCCUCCGUUCCGUUCCUCGUCUGCGUGGAGUGAUGAGUGUGUCUGCGGGUGUUUUUCACUGCACGGUCGCUGUCUGCUCCGUGCGUGUUUGCAUGUUUUCGUGCUGGGACACCUGAGUGGAUUCAUGUAUAGGGCGCUCUGGAUUGUGGGGCGCGCACUCGUUUUUUGAUGGGGUUGCAGACUUAUGAGUGCUCCCAAUAGUCCCGAAAAUACGGUAAUUUAAAGCGCUGUCCAACCAAUCAGAGAAGAGUAAACGUAGACAGCAGCUGAUCUGUGAGAGAAAGGCUUUUGUGUUUGGUCUGAAGGAGGCUUAUUUUUACUUCCAUUAAAUGUUUUUUUUAAUGUGCCACACAACAUGAGCCCUUUUAAAAAUGAAUAUAAAAUAAUUCCUAUUUUCUGGGUGUAACUAGAAGCAUCCAAAGAUGAUUUAAAGCACUUUGAGGCCACUGGGGUUUGGGCGAAAUCGUGAGAAGCCAAAGGCAGCUACAGCCUCAGUCCUGUUCCAUGAUACAGGGUCCGUGAACAAAAGGCAAUCGCUGGAAGACAAUUUAAUAAUUUGGUGAUUGUAAAAAAAAAAAAAAAAAACGAGGGCGAAACGUUAAAUGAAUGUUAAAUUAAUCCCCAAAUAUUCCUCCAUGUUUUAAAGGCACCUUAAAUGAUCCUAAAGUAAUCAAACACUUCCAUGUUAGGUUUAGUUUUUAUGUUUUAGUGCCAUAAGAACCUGAACAAGGUGUAAAACUAAAUGUGUGUCUUUAGUUUUGUUUUUAUACCCACGAUGCGACACCUAUGAGUCAAAAACAUUUACAAAGGCCCAAGUUACGCUGUGAUAAUGUUGUUUCCUCAUCACAAACAGACCUGGAGUUUUGUUUCAUUCACACAUGUCAAUCCGUGUAUCGUUUGUUCAUUUGUUUUUCAAUAUAAAACCAAAAAUAAGAAAAUGAAAAAACAACUAUUUUCUACUAUUAUUUGUCUCCAAAACCAAAAUGAAAAAACGUAUCAUGUUUCCCAUUUCCGUGACUUAAACUGUGAUGCCGGACUUUCGAGCUGAACCAAGACUGAAUCAGGACUAAACCAGGACUGAACAAGGACUGAACCAGGACUGAACCAGGACUGAGCCAGGACUAAGCCAGGACUUGAGCCAGGACUAAACCAGGACUGAACCAGGAUUGAAUCAGGAGUGUCAGGACAGACCCAGAGGUGUGCCCGUGUAGACUAUUGGGUG